GGACGGAUCGUCGAAUUGCAAAAGAUGGUCGACCUGAAAGUUUUCCUUAGCGUUGCAGUAGUGUUGUGUUUAUCGUACCGUGCUUCUGGAGAACGGCGUCUCCUUUGCUACUACGAUAUUUGGGCCGCAGCACGAUACGACAUUGGCGCCUUUACACCUGACAUGAUCGACCCAUACCUCUGCACGCACAUUGUAAUGGCACAGGCCAUGGUUAGGAAGAACAAACCGAAAGUGUUCAGGCGUGUAGUGGCAGAUAUGAAAUACUACAUUCCUUUCACCAAUCUCACAUUAAUCAACCCAAAACUGAAGUCACUGGUGUUGCUAGCAGACUCAACAGCAGGGGAUAUGGACGAUAUUGUGCAAGACAGUACAUCCAGAGCCAUGUUUUCUCAGUCUGCCAUAGAUUUCUGCAGAAAAUACAGCUAUGAUGGGUUUGCUAUAGCUUGGAAGAAACCCAACGCUACUAACUUCUUAACAGUGAGCCAGGAUCUACGUGCGGCCUUUGAUAACGAAAACACCACUUCCGAUCGCUUGCUGCUUGUUGCUGAUCUGGUAGGACAAACACUUGAAGACGUAGACGCAUACUAUGAUAAAUAUACCAUCAAAUCAACCAUUAUGGACAACUAUGACUUUGUCAAUACAGAGUCUUUCAGUCUGUUUAGAGGCUCCAGCGUAACUGCUCAUCACAGCCGCAGGGUUGCUAGGGACAGUGCCGUCGGGGCAGAAAAGUUUGGCAAUAUGAAAUCGAUUGCCGAGUAUUUUGCUUUUCUUGGAAUUCCUAAAUCGAUGAUUAAUGUAGGAAUGGCAACCUAUGGGGGAGGUUAUACACUUGCUAACGAAUCCGACUUCAGCGUUGGAGCAAAUGUUGAUGGACCAAGCACUGUGGGUCUUUACUCUGAAACCCUAGGCUUCAUGUCUUAUUAUGAGAUAUGUAAAGCCCUCGAAAUGAACCAGGGUGCCAUGUAUAGAGAUUAUGGUAUGCCGUACUACGUCAAUGGCAGUCAGUGGAUUGGUUAUGAUGACACAGAAAGCUUCAAAGAGAAGGCGGAAUGGAUUGUCGAAGAAGGCUAUGGCGGUGCAGCAGUAUGGUCGUUCACAUUCGACGAUUAUAGUCAAUACUGCAACAAAUCUGAUCGUCGCUUUCCACUAAUUAACACUGUAAAGGACGUGUUUGUUGAGGCGGACACUCCAAAACAGUACAGACGAGUGUGUUACUUCACCGUGUGGUCGGAGAAUCGUAGAGGAGAUGGCAAAUUCAUGGCUGAGGACAUAGAUCCUAAUCUCUGUACCCACGUGAUUGUAGCCUUUGCCGAGGUUUCGGACGAUUGCGAGCUUCAGGCUUCCUCUGAGAACGAUACGAUGAUAUACGAACGUGUCACCGCCUUGAAGACAAAUAACGCCGACCUGAAGGUGUUGCUUUCUGUUGGUGGUUGGGAACAGGGAAGUGAAAGUUUCUCCUUCAUGGUUUCACAACCCAAACGGAGGAGGACCUUUGCGAAUUCAACCGUCGCGUUUCUACGAUUGUAUGGAUUUGACGGCCUUGAUUUGGCAUGGCAGUACCCAGCUCAAAGAGAAGGAUCUAAUGAAGACACGGACAAAAAAAAAUUUGGCAUUCUCGUCGAUUUACUAAGUCGGCAAUUCGAAAACGAAGCGCGAUCAGACGAUACACCUCGGCUGAUGUUGACAGCUGCAGUGGCUGCGGAACAAGAACACAUUGACUACGCAUACGACGUUAAGGCCCUGGCAGAAAGCUUGGACUUCCUCAGUAUCCAGACGUUUGACAUGCAUGGCUACUGGGACGAAGAGACCGGUCAUCACAGUCAAUUAAAAGCGUUCCCGUGGCAAACUGGAACCGAAGCCAAUCUAAACAUGGAUUGGGCUGGAAGGUAUUGGCAAAUGCUUGGCGUUGACAAAGAAAAAAUCAAUAUAGGUGUCGCCACAUUCGGACGUGGCUUUGAUGUGGAUUAUGCAAACAAGAAUGGAAUCGGAAAUCCUUCUAAUGGACCUAGCGCCCCAGGCAAUUACACGGAAGAGGCAGGCUUCCUUGCUUAUUACGAGAUCUGCAAUUUAAAUGGAACACGUGAUUACCAAUCGAGUGUACCUUUUAUGUACGGAGACGAAUGGAUUGGUUAUGACGAUGAAACUAGCAUCAUGAAUAAGAUGAUAUGGCUUGCAAAAGAGGGAUAUGGUGGCGCCAUGGUGUGGGCGUUGGAUCUGGACGACUUUAGAGGGAAUUGCAUGUCAUCCAAUGGCCCCUUCCCCCUCAUUUCGACCGUUAAGAAUGUUUUGACCGGCUAUUCGAAUGGAUCAAUUCAAUCCUUCGAUUCUACUUCCCCUACGACCACUUGGGAGACCACCACUAUGAGUGAGACCACUACACUACCUCCAUCGUCAACCCAAGAAGCCUUCAUCGAUUGUAAUACCUCGCCAACUGGCGGACCAUACCCAAAUACAAACGACUGUAGAACGUUUUACAAAUGUUCGCAUGGAGUACCUCAUCUAUACAAUUGCCCCGGGAACACUGCGUAUGACCGCGCUCUCAGAGUGUGCAACUGGAGCAGCUUCACAAACUGUUGAAUAGCUUUUAAAUUCCGAAUAAUAUGUCCUAUUGUUAUAGAUAGCACAAAUAUAUCCCAAUGCAAAUUUUGAUGUAAAAUGUUUCAAUUGUUGUGAUGACCACUAUAUGUAAUGUGUGAACGAUCUAAUAAAAGCGUUUAGCAUGCACCAUU